AUGCUGCAAGGAGGCUUUCCACAGCACCCUAUCACGCGGGUCGCUACGCUCGCACCAUGCCAGCAGCUCGUCCUUCAGCGGUCCACGCACCACUUGGCGCGCUUCAAAUAUUGCCUGGUUGCCUGGUUUCCCGUUGCUUUGUCAAAAACUAACCGUUUGGUUACGAAGGCCGCGGUACUGCAUCCACUACUCCGCCACCGGCGCUUGCUUGGCUUUGGACCGCCACCACAUGCUGCCAAUUACAGGCCCCAGCCCUCAGCGAGACUCAUCCGACAGCAGCUUCUUGACUUGGAUAUACUUCCUUACAAGGAAAGGCACGUCAAGGUCACCACGUGCGGUGACCUCUACAAGAAAUGGCGAGGCGAAGGUCGUCGCGGGUACGAGCAGGCACCAGAGACGGGCGCUCACGUACCCGUCGUGUACAUUCACACUGGCAUGGACCGCAUGGAGCAAGGCGACCGCACAGAGCGACCGCUGACCUUGAUGUUAACGGGGGCACCGGGACAUUACGAGGACUACGGGAACAACAUUCCUUUCCUUGACCAGCAUGGCGUGGACGUUCUUUGUUUCAACUGGCCCGACUUUGGGUUCACCUUGGAGACCGGCUACUGGUGGCAUAGCUGCGAUGAGAAGACCAGAUUAGUCGUCGAUUUCCUCAAGAAACUUCAGAUCAAUAAGAUCGACAUGCUAGUAAGCCACAGCCUAGGAAGUACUCCCGCGUUGCAGCUGGUAGCAGAGGACCGCAGCAUUGAUGUGAAGUCCUUGGCCCUGCUAACGCCCAUCACAACCAGGCACUUCAGGGGUUCCCGGAACUCCCUGCUCUUCAAUCCUGCAGUCAGGUGGGCGACGAAGAGUCGACGCGGGGCACGCUUCAUGAUUUUCUUCUUCAAAGCGGUCACGAUGCUGAGCAUGCACCCAACCAUGGGCCGACCGUAUGACGCCUUCUUCGCUUACCACUCGAGCGUCGGAUACGACGAGCAUCGGGUUGAGCAGCAGUUGCGCACAAUUCGACACCGCAAGGUGCCCACGCUCGUGAUUCUGGGCGACAACGACAGACUCCUCUCGAAGAAAGACAACCGGAAACUGCUGAGAAGAUUGGGCUGUGAGUCCGAGGGGGCCUGUUUGUACGACGCGGAUGGGAACCUCCUCCGAAGUCGUAGUUGCGACGACGUGGUGAAGGCAAUCGAGUUGAAGGAUGGAUCGCACUACGGAUUCGCACGCUGCCCAGACAUCUGCAACAAGGCUUUGCUCGAACUCAUCAGCAGGGUACAAGAACGUUAGUUCAAGCAGAGAUGGACGUGGCUCGCAAGCGCACUCGAUUGUUUCCUCGGAUUUGAAAGUUGACGAGUGUACUAUACAAUGUACAGUCAAGCAAUUCACCUUGCGUAAUUGAUUAUGCAUAAUGAACUCAACUGCUUACCUCACGUGCCUUUGACUGGCAAGUAUGUCCUUGAGGCAUAACAUGGUUAAUGACGUUGUAGUGUUUAUAAGAGAACAUCGUGUUAAUACGGCGUACGAUGCUCAUAAUAUUUUAAUCCAUUGCUCCGUUCUUUUGUAUAAGGAGUUUGUUUUUACCUCUUUGCUGCAGUCAAGCGUUGUCGCGCAUACAGCCGGCUUUUCUUCAUAUGCCGUCGCUGCAGUCUCAGAGCUGUUCUGUGCUUUGACUGCGGUCGCAAGGGACUACAUUGACUUGCAGCAACUUCAACAGGAAAUAAAAAGAAUGUUGCCGAAGGACAAAGGGC